CAUCGUACCUACCAUAUUAAACUAUCUUUCUUAUUUCCUUCACAACCAACACUUUAGAGCAUCUCUGAUCUUCAUUACCCGCGUGAUCAAGAAGAAUCGGAUCGAUCCAUACCAAAAAAUGUCUACCUCACAUGCGACACUUAGUGCCGCCGCCGAUGACCGCAAAGCUCGGCUCGCUAAGCUCAAGAACCUCAAGCGCAAACAACCCGCCGACGAAAUCGCGCCUCCGGAAUCCGAGCGCUCGGCCUCACCACCCGCGCCUACAGAUCUCGUCCCUACAGAACAACAAUUAAAAGAAAACGAGGCAGGAUUGGAAGCAGAUGUCGCGGCGCGUUUACACUUAUCCGGUCGUAAUUAUGAUCUCGAAACCAAAGGACCGAAGCUAGGCUUUGAGGCACCGCCUACGAUCGGUAUGGAGGGUCCGACGUUGGAACAGCAGGCCGCGGAUGUGGAAGCUGAGAUACGAAGGAAAGCGGCGGAGGACGCGAGGGAUGAUAAGGGGAUUGAUUUGUUCAAGCUCCAGCCGAAGAAACCGAACUGGGAUCUUAAGAGGGACUUGGAUAAGAAACUGGAGAUACUGAAUGUGCGGACUGAUAAUGCUAUCGCGAAACUGGUCCGGGAGCGUAUUUCGAAUGCACAGGCGAAUGCGAAGAAGACGGCGAAACCGAUUGAAAAUGGAGAGGGGGAAAGUGAAGAGGCUGCGGGUAUGGAUGGUGUUGCGUUGGUUGAGGGCGUGAGAGUUAGGGAGAGGGAAGAGGAGGAGGAAGAGCGGAGAGAACGCGAAGAUGAAGAUGCCAUAUAGGGGACAGUCUAUUAAGGGAAUUGUUUGCAUUGUUACGGCGUCUGGUUUACAGCAUCGGCGAAGAAAUGGAUUACAAUAAGUGUACAUAUUAUGCUCAAGUGGAAUUGGCUUCAUCCCUGACCUAAACUAAAAUAAUGAUACCCAUUCUCAACCACCUCUACUCAUCGCCUGCGUUAAAGCAAGUCUCUUGGAGAAAGGACUUAAACUCCGUUCACGUUGUUGUCGUGGCGGUGCUCCUCCCCUUCGUCCACCUCUGCCACCGCGCCGAGGAGGGCUUCUACCACGUCUUUUGGGUUCACCCGGGGAUCUAGAGCGGUAUCUUCGCUGAUGUUGAGGUGGCGGAGAUCUGCUAGCGCUCGAAGAAUAC